CACACACACAGUCGCUGCAUAUCUACACAUAUCCAAAUGAGUAGCCAAAAGAAUGUUCUAAACUCAACCAACAAACGAUUCCAAAACAUUCAAAACACGAAACCCAGCAAACGAAUACGACCAACUACGAUUUCUAAGAGACACUACGACGCAACAGAAGGGAGUAAGUUCUGUAACAAUUGUAAACAUUUUUUUUGUUUUUGUAGAGAAUCAGUAGAGAGAGAGAGAGAGAGAGAGUGUUCAAGCGAGAUACAGGGUGGAUUGGUAAACAUAUAUACUCUAAAAAGGACUCUAAGAAGAAAACCUGCUCAUUCUUCGUGGCACACGUCAUCAAGGUGACCAAAUGUGGUGUUUGCGGAAAAAUUAUAAAGGAGCUACCAGCGGCGGCUACCUUGGACGUCGACUGGAGACCACAUAAUGUAUUUGUUAGAUAUUGUCCUGUGUGUUUCCAAGCAAGACCCGGCAUCCAAGAAAAAAGAACAGACUGGUUACCUGGCUACUGAUUGGGAAAAUGAAUAAAGACCUUUUUUGAAAAUA